AUGAAAGCCUCUGGCUUGCUACUGCUUCUUCUGAGCCAAUCAAUAUCCGCUCUUCGCUAUGACCCACAAUUUUCUCAAUGGAAUCUCAACGAGAACAAGACUGCGAAGAAUGUUUUUGACUACUGGGGCAAAUGGCCAGAACAUACUUACCAACCCUCUCCUCCCAACUGGCGAUUUCCCUUCUACACGCUUUUCCUUGAUCGAUUUGUUGAUGGCGACCCCGAAAAUAACGAUAUCAAUGGCACCGUGUUCGAGACCGAUACGUUUUCGAAUCAAUAUCGUUUUGGAGGCGACUUAGUCGGGCUAUCAGAGACACUCGACUACAUACAAGGCAUUGGCAUCAAAGGAAUCUACAUCGCCGGCACCCCCUUCACGAACUUCCCAUGGAAAUCAGAUAGUUACUCGCCACUGGACUAUAGCUUGUUGGAUAGACACUACGGCACCAUUCAGCAAUGGAGAUCUACCAUUGAUGAGAUCCACAGGCGAGGGAUGUAUGUGAUGACCGAUAGUACAUACGGCACUAUGGCAGAUUUGCUCGGGUUUGAAGGUUUUCUCAACAGUACCGCGCCUUUGAACCCGCUGGAAUACAAACCAGCUUGGAAAGGUAAUGAGAGAUACUUCGACUUCAUGCCGGGGGAUAAAUAUAACCAAGAAUGCAAAUAUCCUACCUUCUACGCUGAAGACGGAAUGCCCGUUCAAAAUGGCUCCGACCCAUUCUUCGAUGAACUCAAAGGCUGCUAUGACAGUGAAUUUGAUAUGUACGGGGCCAUAGAUUCAGUCGACCUCGCACCUGACUGGAAAAAGUCUCUCGCCAAAGCGGGCUUGGUUCAGGAUCGACUUCGUGAAUGGGUCCCAUCCGUCAGAGAAAAAAUCGAGCACUUUACCUGCAUGUUGAUAACAUCACUGGACACCGACGCACUCCGUAUUGACAAAGCAGGCCAAAUUAGCGUCGAUGCACUUGCAAGUUCCUCUCGAGCGAUUCGCGAAUGCGCCUCUCGCCUAGGCAAGGAUAACUUCUUGAUAAGUGGCGAGUUUACAGCCGGCAACUCAUAUGCGUCGGUUUAUCUUGGCCGCGGGCGAGAGCCGGAGAUGAGGCCGCAGAAUCAGACAGAAGCAAUUUCUCUCACCAACGCCUCGGACGAUCGAUACUUCAUUCGAGAGCCUGAAGGGCAUGCUGUGGAUGGCGCAGUAUUCCACUACAGUAUCUACAGAGCACUCACAAGGUUCCUGGGCUUGGAUGGUAACUACACAGCACCAGGAGAUACUAGCAUUGGCUUUGUGGACGCCUGGAACGACAUUCUCACAUCCAAUGACCUCAUCAAUGUGAACACCGGCAAGUUUGACCCGAGACACAUGAUGGGCACAGCCAAUCAGGAUACAUUUCGAUGGCCUUCUAUCAGACAAGGAACAGCCAAGAUGUUAUUGGGGCAGUUUAUCACAUCCCUACAUCUACCUGGGAUUCCUCUCCUACUCUGGGGCGAAGAGCAAAACUUCUACCUCCUCGACAGCACCAGCCCUCUUGGCUUGUUUGGUCGGCAACCGAUGACUUCUUCGCCGUCCUGGCAGACCCAAGGAUGCUAUGGACUGGGUUCAAGCAGCUAUAAUGACUUUCCCCUUGAGUCUGCAUUGACCGGGUGCUACGACAAUGAAGUAGGCUUGGACCACCGGGAUCCCACCCAUCCCGUACGCAAUAUUAUCAAAUCUUUCUACCAUCUUCGUGAAAACGUGCCCACCUUCGAAGAUGGCUUUUAUCUAGAGACUUUGUCCAAGAAUACCCACAAUGUGACCUUGCCAGGGUCUAAUGGCACAAUCACGGAGCUUGGACUGUGGGGUGUCAUUCGUGAUCAAUAUCCCGGCGUGAAUGAUCUCAAUCCGACUAAUGAAACGGCAAUUUGGCUUGUUUAUCACAACGAAAACAGCUCGAUUCGAUACGACUUUGACUGCAGCUCGGCGUUCAACGGCUUCCUGGCACCUUUCAGCGGCGGAAUCACCGUUAGGAAUUUGCUGGCGCCUUACGAUGAAAUUUUAUUGCAAAAUAGUCAGAUCAAACUGGGUAUCCAUGGUUCCACUGAUUACAAUGGGUGUUUAGGUCCAAGUACCUUCCAACCCUUUGACUUCCGCGCAUAUGUUCCAUCAUCACAAUGGAUCUCCCCUCCCGUUGUGAUGACCAAGUUUCUCCCCGGAUACGACGCUCGAAUUGAAUCAAACGCUACUAUUGAUGAAGGAGAGAGCGUUGAUGUAGAGCUUCAGUUCUCAGAAAGACUGGAUUGCGAUACUGUCACCAAGAGCAUUAUUAUAUCAUCCAAAACACAAAGUGGAAACGUUCCUAGGAUCAAUCCUGACAGCGUUUCCUGUACAAUGGUUCAAGCUGAGCCCGUGGAACACCCGGGUCAGAUUCCUUCCACAUGGUCGUGGAAGGCUAUUGUGGAUAGUGUCACUCAUGGAAUUCAUACUCUGACGGUCCAGAAUGCAUCCACGGCAACGCAAUCAAGAUUUACAAAUUCCGUCGAUCAUUUGAUGUUUCGCGUUGGAUCUACAAACAACCCAAUGAUAUUCCCGAUGCUGGCAAAUUAUACAGAUACCGGGCUCACAGAGUUGACAGACGCGGAUGGCUUUCUCGUGGAGCACACAGCUGCUGGUGCAGAUAAAUGGCGUUACUCCACCAACUGGGAGAGCUCUUGGAGCCCCUGGGAAGCCUAUGAUGGAACCCCAAGCCGAAUCAGCAAUCUGCCAUGGUCCGGCACUAAACAGCAGCAAUGGGAAGGUGGACAUGUCAUUUUGCAGUACUGGAGCAAGAUGACCGGAAGUAGCCAGCAUGUUCAGCAUAUGGACUUACGGGGAGCAAACAAGUCUCCAAGGCGAUUUCCUCAUCUGUUUGUCUUUGGAGAUUUCAAUCAAUAUGGGCAAGAUGCUGGACUGAAGAAUUCAUUCUCUCUUGAUGACAAAACAAAGGCUUGGAAAUUCCACCUAUCAGCUGAAUGGCCGUCCAAAUUCCAGGUGAAUGUUUGGGGAAUUAACCCUGACAAGAAGCUUGACCAAACUUUCUUACUCGGAAAUACCCUAAACAGCAGUCGGUUAAAUCGCCUUCAACCGGACUCGCUUUCUGUUGGUGACAAUAUUGUCAACAUAACCGGAUUUCCACCCGCGCCAUAUAUGGCCUACCAAAUGGAACUGAAUGAUGGAAACAUGCAAUUUGAGCUUGUUCCAGUAGGACAAGGGCUGCAUCAACAGAUAUUGUAUCUUCUGCUGUGGGUUAUACCGGUGUUGACUGGCGGGCUCAGCAUUUGGAUAUAUAUGGGCGCUUUUUACCACAUCACUUUCAACCGCACGGGCGUGAGUAAGAGUCUUCAUCUAGGUUUCUUGCCGGCUUUCCUCCGUCCCGGUCAAGCCUUCAAAAAACUUGAAGGCGAAGACAAUACAGGGACCUCAAUGAUAGAGGUGAAACAAGUCAGUGCACUCGGGGUUGUCCCUUUGGCCGCAACAUCAAUUCCGAAACCAAAGCGGACAGUACUGUUGGCCACUUUGGAGUACGACAUUGAAGAUUGGAGCAUCAAAAUCAAGAUCGGCGGGCUCGGAGUCAUGGCGCAGUUGAUGGGAAAGAACCUUCCACACCACGACAUCAUAUGGGUGGUACCCUGUGUUGGUGGAGUUGACUAUCCAACUGAUACACCGUCUGAUCCCAUGUCCAUCGCGAUUGCCGGGACUGUCUACGAAGUUCAGGUCCAAUAUCACAAGCUACGCAACAUUACGUAUGUGCUUCUGGAUGCCCCUAUCUUUCGUCAGCAGACCAAAUCAGAGCCAUAUCCACCACGGAUGGACGAUCUUCGAAGCGCAAUAUAUUACAGUGCGUGGAAUAAUUGCAUUGCCGAGACAGCCAAGCGCUUUCCGAUCGACAUCUAUCAUAUCAACGAUUAUCACGGGGCGAUAGCACCACUCUAUCUUCUUCCGCGCACUAUCCCCUGCUGUUUGUCGCUCCACAAUGCCGAGUUUCAAGGACUCUGGCCGUUGCGUGAACAGAAAGAGCUUGAUGAGAUUAGUGAGGUGUUCAACCUGAAAAUUCCGGUCAUCCGGAAGUAUGUGCAGUUUGGCGAAGUAUUCAACCUUCUUCAUGCUGGAGCUAGCUAUCUCAGAGUCCACCAGCGUGGCUUUGGUGCAGUUGGCGUGUCUAACAAAUAUGGUGAUCGAUCUUACGCGCGGUAUCCGAUUUUCUGGGGCCUGAAAGAGAUCGGCAAACUUCCUAACCCAGAUCCUUCCGAUACCGAGCCCUGGGAUCCUGAGGCUGAAUCUCGUCAGAUCAUUAAGGUUGAUCCGGAGUACGAAAAUUCUCGAGGAACUGACCGCUGCCAGGCACAAAAGUGGGCAGGGUUGAAGAUAGACCCAAAUGCUGAAUUGUUCGUAUUUGUCGGUCGGUGGUCAGUUCAAAAAGGUGUCGACCUUAUCGCAGACAUCUUCCCUGUCAUGUUGGAAAAACAUUCCAAUGUACAGCUGAUUUGUGUCGGUCCAGUCAUCGAUAUGUAUGGCAAAUUUGCCGCGCUGAAAUUGCAGGAAAUGAUGACCAUCUACCCCGGACGGGUCUUCUCGAAGCCCGAGUUCACUGCUUUGCCACCUUUUAUCUUCACGGGUGCUGAAUUUGCUCUUAUACCAUCGCGUGAUGAGCCCUUUGGCCUUGUCGCGGUUGAGUUUGGGAGAAAAGGUGCUCUUGGAGUCGGGGCUUUAGUUGGUGGGCUAGGCCAAAUGCCAGGCUGGUGGUUUCCCGUCGAGUCCAUGACAGUGAAGCAUCUUCAAAAGCAAUUCAAAGCAGCAAUUGAGAGUGCCAUCGGGUCGAAGCAGGCCGACCGCGCAGUUAUGAGAGCAAACUCUGCCAAACAACGCUUUCCAGUGGCUCGAUGGGUCGAAGACCUCGACUACUUGCAAUUGCGAUCAAUUCGUAUGCAUGAAGAGCAGACUGACCCCUCUCGUUGGAAGCCUCGUGGUUCCUCGCGUGCUGGCGGUAUGCACCAACGAGAUUUCAGUCAGACAUCACUAGUCAUGAUGCAAACCCCGAGUCUGAAUUUCGAAGAGAUGAACCCUAUACCUAGGUCUUCAGGUUCUGAGUUUCCCGCUGGGGGCCCAACCCGGACUCUUUCUUUGGGUGUCCGGUCUGGUCCUGGUCAUCAACCAAGAAGAACUGUCUUGCAUGAGGGUACUGCGCUCACACCUAGGCUAGAGGAGACUGCGGAUCCAGAUGAGCAGGCUAUGUCGACGGAAGAGGCAGAGGCGAUUCUCAACCAGGGAGCUUCAGAUGAUGCGGAACAGGAUGGACGCGGUCGUUCUGUUUCGGGUCCUGCAUCAAGUUAUGCGGGUAUGACAGGUCUAGGGAUAAGCCGGGCCUACUCACCAGCGCAAAGGGGUCGACUGAGGUCGACUUCGGUCUUAAGCUUGGACCAGAUCAGAAGCACGCGCCAGAGUUUUUCCUUGGAGAAUGCAGAUCCCACGUUCAAGGACGAAACUGGAAAAUACUCUCGCUAUUUCCAGGGUUUGUUGCAACGAUUGAAUGGCAAAAACUCCGAAACCGACCUGUGUAUUGAGGAUUUCAUCGUGCAAAGUGAAAAAGAAUGGUCGGACAAUAUGCGUGAAGUCAGGCUAGGUCGCGGAUCACGCAGCCCGUCACCCAUGCCCUCGCCCAUGCCCUCGCCAUUGUUUGGAGCUCAAAGAUCACCAUCCCCCGGUAAUGACUUGGAUAAUGACCUCGAUGGUAAUGAAUCCAGCUGGGAGGACUCUUCAGCACAGGAGAUGUUGCUGCCUGGGGAUUUCCAACGACCGCCUGCAAUCCAACGCUGGCUAUCAACCCGAAUCAUGGACUGGCCAAUUUACUCAAUCCUACUCGCUUUGGGUCAGAUAAUGGCUGCCAAUUCGUCUCAGAUAACCUUACUCACCUCUGGAUCAGGAAGCGGCCCCGCGGCUCUCUACAUUUUAGGAAGUAUAUACAUCGUCACUAGCUGCGGUUGGUGGUUCGCGUUUCGACGCAUCCCAUCAAUCUACAUUCUCUCGCUGCCCUUUGUUCUUUACGGUCUUGCAUUUUCCAUUAUUGGUGUUGCCAGUUUCAGUUCCAACAUUUCAGGACAAGCUUGGGCAUACCAUAUUGCCUCCGCAUUCUAUAUCAUUGGCUCUUCCAGUGGAUAUUUGUUUUUUUCUCUCAAUUUUGGAGAUGACGGGGGCUCAAAGAUUGAAUCCUGGGUUUAUCGCGCAUGCCUCAUUCAGGGAACACAGAAUAUAUAUGUCGCGGCACUUUUCUUCUGGGGCUCCGAAUUGGCAACAAGGGGCCAGCGUGGAGCUUUUGCAUCCCCGGGUGUUGCGGCAGGCAUAACGAUACCCAUAGCCGCUCUACUGUUUACCAUAGCAGUAGCGCUCUAUCUCGGUUUGCCAAAAUACUACCGCCAAACCCCAGGCAAGAUUCCGGCUUUUUACAAGAGCAUUUUCCGCCGGAAAAUCAUAAUCUGGUUUUCAAUAUCAGUGGUGCUGCAAAAUUAUUUCCUCAGUAUGCCCUACUCGCGCAACUGGGCCUACCUUUGGGGCUCCAAGUACGCGCCUGGUUGGGUGGUGUUAUUACUUACUUUGACAUUUUUCAUCGGCGUCUGGUACGUGCUUCUCGCACUGCUGGCUUGGAGAUCGAAGACUCAUUCGUGGAUUUUGCCAAUUUUCGCGAUUGGCCUUGGGGCUCCCAGAUGGGCGCAGAUGCUCUGGGGUACCUCCGGUAUUGGGCUUUGGGUGCCAUGGAUUGUGGGUGGUCCACGCGGCAGUGCCCUGGGCGGUCGGGUACUAUGGCUAUGGCUGGGCGUUUUGGAUUCCAUUCAAGGUGUCGGAUUUGGCAUGAUGCUGCUGCAAACACUGACACGAAUUCAUAUUGCAGCAUCGCUGUGUGGGGCUCAGUUGAUUGGCACGGCGACGACUUUAAUCGCUAGUGCUAGUGCUCCAGAUCGUGACGGUCCUGGUGAUGUUUUCCCUGACUUUUCGGCGGGUAUCAUGGAGGGGAUCUCGAAGCCAUGGUUUUGGAUUGCCUUGAGCUGCCAGUUGGCAAUUCCUAUCGGAUUUUUCAUGUUCUUCCGCAAGGAGCAGCUGACCAAGCCUUGA